AUGACAGAUGAAGGUUGUUCUGCUCUGACUUCAGCUAUGAAAUCAAACCCAUCACACCUGAGAGAGCUGAACCUGAGCAGGAAUAAACUAGGAGACUCUGCAGUGAAAAACCUCAGUGAUCUACUGAUGAACCCACAAUUCAAGCUGGAGAAACUACAGUUAAGCUACUGUGAUAUGACAGAUAAAGGUUGUUCUGCUCUGACUUCAGCUCUGAAAUCAAACCCAUCACACCUGAGAGAGCUGAACCUGAGCGGGAAUAAACUAGGAGACUCUGGAGUGAAAAACCUCAGUGAUUUACUGAUGAACCCACAAUUCAAGCUGGAGAAACUACAUCUGAGUGUUUGCAGUUUUACAGAGGAACAGUGUCUCAUCCUGACUUCAGGUCUGAAAUCAAACCCAUCACACCUGAGAGAGCUGAACCUGAACGGGAAUAAACUAGAAAACACAGGAGUGAAGCACCUAUGUGAUGUACUGAAGGAUUCACACUGUAAACUGGAGAGAUUGAGUCUACAUGGCUGUGGCAUUACAGAUGUUUCUUCUUUAACUCAGUCUUUGACUGAAUCAAAAGCACUGCAGUUUUUAAAAGAUCUUGAUCUGAGUGACAAUAAGAUAGGAGACUCAAAGCAGCGGCUCAGUGACAUGCUACGAGACUCAAACUGUGUCCUGAGAGUAUUUUAAUCACCAAACAUCCCUGAUGGAUCGUUUACAUCAGUUUAAAUCUGUGAAAUGAUCAUGAGAGGAUCAGUGACCAUCAGAUGAUCCACAGAAGAGUCUCUACUGCGUCUAUGAGGAGAAAUAAAUGUGUGAUUAAUGUGUAAAUGUGUUUCAUACAGGUGGAAGAGACUCAGAUUUACAGUUAAAUAAAGCAGCAUGUGUGUUAGCAUGAGUAUCAGAAACAUGUGAUAUUGAAUGAUUAAUGUUGCUUUAAUAUUCA